AUGUCCACUUCGACGGCCCUGGAACCCGAGGAGCAGUAUCUGCAGUCACUCACUUAUGGAUUGAUUAUCGCGACUGCAGUCUUGUCGUUGAUUGUCUGCAGCGCGAGACUAUAUACAAGAGCAGCUAUCACCAAGACAUUUGGAUCAGACGAUAUUGCUGUGUGUGUAGCGUUAUUUAUUACGCAGACAUUCAACGGGCUUGGAAUUGCUGUAGUAUAUUAUGGAGAAGGGCGACACUUCAUCAAUGUGUCUUCAGAGGACCGAGAAAUCUGGCUGAAGAUCACACUGUACCAGGCGGUUCUGAUCUUUGUGGGUGAUGUGAUUAUUUUGCUUGCGCCGAUGCCGAUUUUGUGCGCACUGAAUAUGCCGACAAGAAAGAUUGUUGCUUUGAUGGCAAUCUUCGGAACCGGUAUUAUCGCUUGCAUCGCUCCCGUUGUUCGAUUUAGCACGUUGGAUUAUCUGCGCUACGGCACAACGGAUCUCACCUUUGAUUCGGCAUCAUCACUCUAUUGGAUGGCCAUUGAAUUCAACCUCGGUCUAGUCGCCGGCUCUCUCUCCUCUCUGCGACCGUUACCCUUCUUCCGUCGAUUCGGCUCGAGCACCAACUCGCGAUACAAAGCGUCGACAGGUGACACAGGGCACGAGCUACGUGGGAUACACGGUAGCGAGGGGAAAAGCAGCAGAAAGAAGAACAGCAGUAUGGGACUCGGGACCACGUUAUUAGAAGAGACUGUUAACGAGAGCCAAGAGCGCAUUAUCCAUGUGCCGAAGACCGACGGCCAGCAUCAUGUAUAG